ACAAAAUUCCUACUCACUUCACUCACCAUAAUAUUAGCAUCAUCCAUUAGCAUAACAUUAAUCUGUAACUGCACAAUAAUAAUAUUCAUCCUUUGGGGAUAACACCUUAUCUGUCCCGUGUUGACUACUUUACGGGUUAGAACCAAAUUGGAAAGGGAACACGACAGACGUUUUUCACUCGCAGUCGCAUGUGCAGUCAGCACACAAAAAGAGAACAUACGAAAUUUUGAAAGAACAGAACUGAAUAGAAAUUAGAAAUUAAUAUUUUUGCCACAUUAUAUAAAUAUUAAAUAUAUAUAGUUUUUCAACUUGCAUCGUAGUGAAUGCAAUUAUAAAAAAAAUAUCGUCAUAAUUUACAAAAUUUUAAUUAGUUAUUUAAGACUCAACUUUGGCAGGAAUGAAGUAGGUUGGGAAUUAGGUUACGGGUUUGUACAUUUGUAAAAUUAACCUUGUGGUGCAUAUAUUCUGUUUUUAUCUCGUAGUUUUAGUUGAGACCAAUUGUGCAUUUAUUUGGUCGGGUAAACUUCUAAUCCGAAUAUAGUCUGUGAUAAGUUGCAGUAGUUUAUUUAGUUAAACUGCAGCUACGUUUAGUAAUUGAAACGAAAAGAUCAAUAUAAGAUAGGAGUCAGGGUCAUCGUCAUGUCUGGGAGUGUGGGUUCGUAUAGGGACUUGAUGUCCAUUGCUGCAGCCAAUUCUCAAAGCAAGCAGAGAGAGUUGGAACAGCGUAAAGCUCAGCUUAACAAGGAGAAAAAGAUGGAUCCGAAGCAAGCCAAAUUGAAAGUCGGGGUUCAAAAGUUUUUAGCCAAGAAGGAGGAGGAGGAGCGUCGCAAGAAGCAGGAGGCCGAUAUCAAAAAGAAAGCACUGAUAGAGCUAAGAAAUCAAGAUCGCAAAGCGACGAAUCGUGUCAAGAGAAUGAUUAACAUGACCAAAUCGGCGGAUAAAGGGGUCCUCGCUGAGGCUAAAGAUUGUCUAAGUCAGGCCUGUAAUGAACAAGCCGGAGAAACCCAACCCGAUGAGGACGACUACGGCUAUACUUCCACAUACGCGAACGAAAUGUAUAAAAAGAUGAUGGAGAAAUACCAAAGCGAUGCGAAGAAGGCCCCUCCUAGCUAUAGUAAAUUUGAAAAAGUUCAGCAAGUGAAGAAGCCAUCGUCGUCAGGGAAGGAGUCUAAAUUAAAUGGCAGUCAUAUUCCAACUGAUCUCGAAAAUAGUUCGGCAAAGGGAAAAGCUAAAUCAAAGAAAGCUGCAGCUCCGCCCCCUCCCACAUUUGAAGAUUUAAUGCGCCUGGCGAAAGAAAAGUCAAAAGAACCUGUUGUUCUCAAGAAGCUAGCUAAGGACCCAGUGGAUGGGUUUGAAUUUGGGCGUCCCAUGACAUCUCGACAGAAAAAAGCAUAUCUUGAAGAAGAAAAGCUGAAACAUCGGGUACAGGAAAUAUUUGCAGGGAACGGUAUUGGUCUCCCAAAAGAUACCUCAGCCAAGAGUGUGCCUGUGAAAGGGGUAGAGGCAUCGUCGUCGUCGUCGUCUACAAAAAUGAAGGCCAUUCCUAAAUUUACGAAAGUUACAGCAGAAAAACCUUCCAAAAGUCAAGAAUCUACCCCUAUCGUUGCCGAUAGUUCAAAACGUGAAAUUAAUAAUAAUAAUAAGUCGUCUUCUCAGCAAUCAUCUCCACCCUCAUACUCUAACUCGGGUGUAAAAAAUACCAAGGAUAAACCGCCUUUAGAACGUAACAAGCGUAAACCUAAUACUUUAAGCUCAACCAUUACCUCUCAGCCUUCUGGUCAAUCAGACGGUUUUAAGAAACCCUCAUUACCAUCAUCGACGUCAUCCUUUUCAAAAGAAAACGGCCCAAGUUCUUACUCCUCAUCUAAUAAAACUGCCAAACCAAACGGAUAUUCCAGCAAAAGUAAUGCCUCUUCUCCCCUACUCGCGAAGAAACAUUCAGAUUUCUCGAAUAAUUCCAAACAGCGAUAUGCUGAGGAGGAAGUUCGUCACAAGCCUCCUCCCAACGGCAAAAUGCUUCCUCCUUCCAACACAUCAUUCUCUAAAAGACCACCAGACAGGGUUCCUCCUAGAUCUCGACCUCCUGUGGAUAUGGACAGGUCAGCACCCCGCUAUCGUCAAGAAAUGCCACCUUCUCAGAAAAAAGAUAAACCACAUCGAGGAAGGCAGGUCAUUGAUAGUGACGACGAGGAGGAGGAUUAUGAUUCCGAGAUGGAUGAUUUCAUCGAUGAUUCUGACGUUCCAGCCGAAGAUAUUAGCAGCAUGAUUGGGCAAAUGUUUGGCUACAAUAAGAGAAAGUAUGUAAAUGAAGAAAGUGAUGAUGAAUGCAUGGAGUCCAGUGUGGAGCAACAGAUGCGUGAAGAAGCACGUACUUUAAGAUUAGGGGUUCUCGAAGAUUUGGAGGAUAUGAGGAUGGAAGAAGAAGAAAAGAAGAGAAAAGCUGCGUUUUUGAAAAAGAGAAAACUAAAGUAAAAAUUUAAUUUUGCACAUGUGUCCUUGUCAAUCGCAAUAAUACAAUUAUGACAAAUCGCUCGUCGCAUAAUAUGUAACGCUCUCAAUAUUCAUACGAGUAGAAUAAAAAAAUUAAUAUAUACAACCAAACCA